GAUUGAGUUCCAAUAUACCAUUAAGCUUAGGUAACCUCAAAGAUCUUCUGGAGCUCGACUUAUCGUCUAACAACAUGAGUGGUUCUAUACCUGCAGAAAUUGGAAAUCUAAAGGUUGCAAUUCGUAUAGAUCUUUCGCAUAAUCAAUUUUCAAAUGGUAUUCCAAGAGAAAUUGGAGACAUGCAAAAUCUGAUACAUCUUUCUUUGGCACAAAACAAGCUACAAGGAUCUAUUCCUGACUCAAUUGGUAGCAUACCGAGUUUGGAAUUUCUAGACCUCUCGAAUAACAAUCUAUCUGGAUCAAUUCCGAUGUCCUUAGAGAAGCUUCAGUAUCUCAACUAUUUCAAUGUUUCCUUUAACAGCUUGCAGGGUGAAAUUCCCUUUAGUGGUCCUUUCAAGAACCUUUCCAGCCAGUCAUUCAUGUUCAAUAAAGCAUUGUGUGGUGCUCCAAGAUUUCGUGUCCCUCCGUGCCCCACUUCUUCAAACCAUAGAUCAAAGAAGAAGAAGUUACUUCUGAUAGUCUUUCCUCUACUGGGAGCUGCUGUGAUAAUUGUUUUUGUAACAUUGGCAUUUAUGUGGAUGAGGUACAGAAGAGAAGGAAAUGUUCCAGUUGAAGCUGAUUUGUUAGCUACAAUGGAAAGAAUUUCAUACUAUGAAAUCAUACAAGCCACUAAUGAUUUUAGUGAGAGUAAUUUCAUUGGUUCGGGGAGUUUUGGUUCUGUUUACAAAGGAAUUCUCAGAGAUGGGACUACCAUUGCAGUUAAAGUGUUUGACCUACAAGCUGAAGGUGCAUUCAAGAGUUUUGAAAUAGAAUGUGAAGUUCUUCGCAACCUUCGCCAUAGGAAUCUCACCAAAGUCAUUAGCAGUUGCUCCAACCUUGAUUUCAAGGCUUUAGUGCUCGAGUACAUGCCUAAUGGGAGCCUUGAAAAGUGGUUGUAUUCGCACAACUACUUCUUAGACAUCCUGCAAAGACUAAGUAUAAUGAUCGAUGUGGCACGUGCAUUGGAAUAUCUCCAUCAUGGUUGCUCAACACCUGUGAUUCAUUGUGAUCUGAAGCCUAGCAACGUUUUGCUAGAUGAAAACAUGGUAGCUCAUGUAAGUGACUUUGGCACUUCUAAACUACUCUGUGAAGAUGACAGUGAUUUACACACUAAAACCUUAGCAACAUUUGGCUACAUUGCACCAGAGUAUGGAAGGGAAGGAUUGGUGUCGCUAAAAUGUGAUGUUUAUAGUUAUGGGAUCAUGCUAAUGGAAACAUUUACGAGGAGAAGGCCUAAUGAUGAAAUAUUUGAUGGAGAUCUUAGUUUAAAGAAAUGGGUAAGUGAUUCACUCCCCGAGGCAACAAUCAAAGUUGUAGAUGCAAAUUUGCUAAAGCCAGAAGAUAAGAAAUUCAUGGACAAGGUAGAUUGUGUAGCAUCCAUCAUGAAAGUGGCACUAAAUUGCUCUGCUGAAUCUCCUGAAGAAAGAAUCAACAUGAAAGAUGUCGUAGGAAUGCUACAAAAGAUCAAGAUUCAACUUCUUUCAUGCUCUACAACCACUGCAGAAGUCAAUCUCAAAACUGAUGAAGCUGCUCUACUUGCUUUGAAAUCCUAUGUUACUUCUGAUACUUACAAUAUCUUGACAAGCAACUGGACCUCAACUACUUCCGUUUGCAAUUGGAUUGGAGUCACCUGUGGCUCUCACCAUCAAAGGAUCAUAACCUUGGAUAUUUCCAAUAUGGGAUUAAUAGGUACCAUCCCUCCUCACUUGGGAAAUCUGUCCUUUUUGGUUUCUCUUGAUAUCAGUAGCAACGGUUUCCAAGGAAUUCUGCCACGAGAGUUGGCUAAUUUGCAUAGAUUGGAGUUAAUAAAUGUCACUUCUAAUAAGUUCACUGGAGAUAUUCCCUCGUGGUUCUCUCUUUUGCCAGAACUCCAGCACUUGCAUCUAGCUUUUAACAGUUUCACAGGUAUUAUUCCACCAGAUAUUUGUAACGCUUCCAAACUUGAGAGUUUAGUCUUGGGAUUUGAUCAGUUACAAGGGGAAAUUCCAAAUGAAAUUGGUAAUCUUCAGAAGUUGACUUGGUUGAGCUUGGGAUCAAAUCAGCUAACAGGCUCUGUACCACUUAGCCUGUACAACAUUUCAUCGUUACAACAAUUGGUUUUGACAAAAAAUAGUUUGUCUGGAAAUCUUCCUGUCGAUAUAUGCUUGAACCUUCCAGAACUUAUGGUGCUUGCACUUUCUGACAAUGAAUUUGAUGGUCAAAUUCCUUUGGGGAUAGAUAAAUGUUCAAAGCUUCAGAUUUUGUCAUUGUCAUUCAACAAGUUCAGUGGAUUGAUACCUAAACAGAUUGGGAACUUGAAUGUGCUGUCUAUUUUAUAUCUUGGUCGUAAUGACUUGAAAGGUGAAAUUCCAGAAGAGAUUGGAAAUCUUCGUAAUCUAGAGAUAUUGGAUGCACAGAACUGUAGCCUAAGUGGUCCUUUACCAUCUUCUAUAAGUAACUUAACUUCACUUCAAUCACUCAAUCUUUAUGGCAAUAAUCUCUCUGGCACCUUGCCCCGGUAUAUAUGUUUGAACAUGCCUGAUCUCAGAGCAUUCAAUCUUGGGAAUAAUUUCUUCAGUGGAAACAUUCCAAAAGAAUUUGGAAACUGCAGUUCACUUUCUGACCUCUUCCUAAGAGAAAACAACUUAACAGGUGAGUUACCAAGGGAGAUUGGUAAUCUUUUCAAUUUGGGAAGAUUAGAUCUACAUUACAAUUUCUUAACAGGUCCUAUUCCAUCUACAAUAUUCAACAUGUCAAACAUAAGGGGCAUUUCAUUUUUAGGGAACUUCUUUACUGGAAGUCUACCAUCAGAUAUAGGACUUGGUCUUCCUAAUCUUGAAGAACUGUAUCUUGGUUACAAUAACCUGACUGGAGCCAUCCCUAAUUCUCUCUCAAAUGCUUCCAAUAUUUUCCGGCUUGGGAUUGGAUAUAAUGACUUUUCUGGUCCUUUUCCGAGGUCGUUUGGUAAUCUAAGACGUUUAGAGUACCUCAACGUGAACGGCAAUCAUUUCACAAGAGAGCCUUCAUCUCCAGGAUUGACUGUCUUUGAUUCCUUGACAAAUUGCAGACAUUUGAGAAAACUGUGGAUAGGUUAUAAUCCACUCAAUGGAAAUCUUCCGGCUUCUGUUGGAAAUCUCUCAAGUUCUCUUGACUACAUUUAUGCUGAUAAUAGUGAAAUCAGAGGCUACAUUCCCAGUGAAAUAGGAAAUUUAAGUGGUUUGUCGUUCUUGUUACUUCAAGGCAAUUAUUUGAGUGGGUUCAUUCCAAGAACAAUAGGGAAUUUAAAGAAUCUUCAAGCAUUGAAUUUGUAUGACAACAAAAUGAUAAGUGGACCUAUCCCUGAGGAACUAUGCAAUUUAAAGAAAUUAGGAUUCUUGAGCUUGGGAAAUAAUGAGCUUUGCUGUUCUAUACCAGUAUGUUUAGGGAAUAUUACAUCUCUUAGAUACAUUUACCUAGGUUCCAACAAAUUGACUUUUAGCAUACCUCCCAGCCUGUGGAACCUCAAUGAUCUCUUGCAUCUUGAUGUAUCCUCAAAUUCCUUAAAAAGCUCUCUACCUCCAGAAAUUGGAAAUCUGAAAGUCGCAACAUUGCUGAAUAUAUCGAAGAAUCAAAUCUCAGGAAGUAUACCGAGCACAAUUGAAGGCAUGCAAAAUAUGGCUGAACUUUCUUUUGCAGAAAAUAGACUAGAAGGGCCAAUUCCAGAGUCAAUGGGGAACAUGGUCGCCUUGGAAUCGCUAGACUUGUCUCAUAACAAGCUCUCUGGUGGCAUUCCCAAAUCAUUGGUAGCUCUUUCACAUCUCAACUAUCUUAAUGUAUCUAACAACAGAUUGAGUGGUGAAAUUCCAAUUGGAGGUCCUUUCGUGAACUUCUCUUAUGAUUCAUUCCUUUCAAAUGAGGCAUUAUGUGGUGCUGCUAGGUUGCAGAUACCAGCAUGUAGGUCUAAUUCUCCUAGUAGGAAAAGAAAAAAGAAGGUGCUUCUUUUUGUGUUGAUCUUGUUGGUGGCUUCUUCAGUAAUAAUGCUCUCAGUCAUGCUCACCAUCUUUUUGGUGAUUAGAAGUCGAAAGAGGAAGACAAACAUUGCUACUCAUCAGGCGGAUGCCUCUCCAGCCACGGUACAUGGAAGAGUUUCAUACCAUGACCUUCAACAAGCAACCAACAGAUUCGGUACAAGCAACUUGCUCGGUUCUGGAAGUUAUGGCUCUGUUUACAAAGCAACAUUUGGGAGUACUAUAGUGGCCAUUAAGGUAUUCAACUUGCAAACAGAAGGCGCAUUCAAGAGUUUUGACACAGAAUGUGAAGUCUUACGCAACCUUCGUCAUAGAAAUCUGACCAAAGUCAUCAAUAGUUGCUCCAGCAUUGAUUUCAAAGCCUUGGUAUUAGAGUACAUGCCUAAGGGAAGCCUGGAUGAUUGGCUUCAUUCUGAAACUUGUUCCUUAGAUAUAAUGAAGAGAGUAGACAUAAUGAUUGAUGUGGGAUCAGCAUUAGACUAUCUUCAUCAAGGCUAUUUUGUGCCCGUAGUUCACUGUGAUCUAAAGCCUAGCAAUGUCUUGCUCGACGAAGAUAUGGUUGCACAUGUGAGUGACUUUGGCCUGGCAAAGCUAUUAGGGGUAGGAGAAAGUAUUGUACAAACCAAAACACUUGCAACCAUUGGAUACAUUGCACCAGAGUUUGGAUUGGAAGGACUCGUAUCUACAAGGUGCGACAUUUACAGCUACGGUGUCAUGUUGAUGGAAACCUUUACAAGAAAGAAACCAACGGAUGGAAUGUUUGCUGAAAAUUUAAGCCUGAGGGAGCGGAUAAGACAAUCAUGGCCACGCGGAAUGGACGAGAUAAUAGACCCCGAGCUUAUGAUACCAGGGGAGAAGAACAAAACAGGAAAGGUGCAGUGCUUAUCACCCAUCAUGGAAUUAGCUCUGAGGUGCACUGCAGACUUGCUAGAGGAAAGAAUGAAUAUCAAACAUGUUCUUGCUCAACUGAAGAACAUCAGAACUAUGUUGGAAAAUGUAAUAAAUCACUAAAGGAUUGAGAAAGAUGGUUGUAUAUUUUUAUAUUACUGUCAAG